AUGUGUUCUAGCUACACUAAGAACUGGCGCUGCGGAUUAAACAGACGAAUGCGCGGAACUGGCCGUGGGACACUGCCAGUGCUAGAAGGGCUUAUCAGCGACGAGGUAUUACUUGAAAGCCAACGAAUGGACAGACCGACCGAACCUCACUUGUGUCUGCGUAAGGAGCACAGAACCAAUGGAGGUAAAUUACGGAAUGAAGCGAAGACAAAGAGGAUCAUGGAAGUAAAGAAAGAGGAAUGGCAGGCGCAGUUGUACUGUCAGACCCUGCACCUAUCCUGCAAAAGACCAAUCACUACGGCUAUCUGCCCCACUAAAGGGAGGAGGGAACGGAAAAGUGGUGACGGAAGAGACAAAAUCCACACCUCGGUAGUGCAUCCCUCGCUCUCCAGACUAACGGUCGAGCUAGAAUUAAGGGGAAUGGAACCCGAAGCAGGACGUGCUCCAUCCACGUACCUUAACUCAUCACCAGCCAAUUUUCUCCCGAUUUACCAGCAGUGA